AUGGAGGCGGUCAACGGUACUAAGUCCAGGAGAGCAUCUCCACCUUCGACGACGCAGCGGAGGGCGUGCAUCUCAGCGCCAUCAAACCGCCGCCAACAUCACCCUUGUUUCGAGAUUCUCUCCCUCUUCCGCUCGCUUCUCCCGCCACCUGCACCGAAGAAUAGAGAACAAAACUCAUCGAGCUCGGUGGGUUGUUUGAGCCCUGAGGUGCAGACAGAACAGGGUGUGACGUCUAUCAUUUGUAGUGGUGCUAGCGGAGCUAUUGACGAGGGGACGACUUGGAAAGGAUCUUGGAUCCACCAUCCAUGGAUUUUCAUUUUUCUGAAAAAAAUCCAAUCCCACACCUGCCGUCUCGUCUCUCCAUCUUCUCAUAUCCGGCGAAGCCCACCAUCCACCGUCCGCCUCUCCUCCGACACCAUCACACAGUCUCGCCUCUCCCACCAGCCACCGUCUCGCCUAUCCUCCGACACUCCUCGCCGCCUAGACGUCCCGCCUCGACGUGACGACGUCCGGUCGACUCCAAUUGCAGAUUUGAAAGACAUUAUUAAUAAAAGCAGGGGAUUUUCCGGCGUCCUCUGCAUGGAUGGCGGCAUAGAAGACAUAUUUGCGUCCUCUUUGAACUUGGAGGAGACCCAUUUCAAAGAGGGUUACAGCGAGGGACACGCAGACGGCCUAAUCGCCGGCAAGGAGGAGGGCCAGCAAGUAGGCCUUAAGACCGGGUUCGAGGUCGGCGAAGAAUUGGGCUUCUAUAGAGGUUGCGUCGAUGUUUGGAGCUCCGCGGUUCGGAUCGACCCGAAAUUCGUCUCGGCCCGAAUCCAGCGGAUGAUUCAGCAGAUGGAUGAGCUGCUCGAGAAGUACCCCAUUUUGGAGCCGGAAAACGAGACAGUCUCGGAUAUGAUGGACUCCCUGAGGCUCAAAUAUAGGGCUAUUUGCGCCAGUCUGAAUGUGAAACUGGAGUACAAUGGCUACCCGAAAGCUUCUCAUGCAGAAUUUAUAACUCAUAGAUACGAAAUCAGUUCGAAGGCCGAAGCCCAUACAACCCGAAAAAAGGGAAUGAAGAACCCACCACUUCUUGCCUACCAACCAGAGAUACAGGAGGCUCACGGCAUAGGCAACACUAGACACCCGUGA